GAGAGAAUGGUAUAGCCGCGGAGUCUAGUAAAUCCUGUCGAGCGUUCUAGCUAUCGACUCUCGUCUUUUCGCAUAGCCAAGCUACCGAGAGAGCUUUGGCAAAGAGCAACCGAGGUAACUUCUUACCCGAGAAACCGUCGUGUAUUUCCGUUCCGUUCACCAGUCCGCUUAGUACGCUUCCGAGCGAAUCGCCGACGACACCACGCGACGCCGACUUCUAUUUCUUCUCGGUCCGGUCUUUCCAACCGGAGUUCUCGAAGUUGUUCCUUCGCAAUAGUGUCGUUGAAUCGUUGAAUCAGUGAAGUUGGAUCGUACUUGCUGAUUAAUAAAGAAACAGAAAGAAAGAAAGAAAGAACCAAUCUUGAAAUGCUCAGUUAAGAUUCAAAUUUAAUCAUUCGGGCAGCCAUUUCUUUUUGUUCUCUUUUUUUGUUCAUUUUUUUUCCUCGCAUCAUUUCUCUCCCUCUUCUUUUUUUCUCGUCUUGUUUUCUUCCCUGAAUGAAUAUGAAAAAGACACCAGACUGAGGAUUAAUCCCCUGAAAUACGAAAAACGCGAAAUUCCGAGCGUGCAAUCAACAAAUCCGAUGUCCCUAGCGGCUGUGUCCUUCGUUGAAGGAGAUAUCAAGUUUCAUCGGGUGCUGUUCCAGUUGCCGAAAAGAGGACAGACAUGGACUAGCUUGGAAAUCGACGACCCUUCUAAUGGAAAAGGGCAACAACCCCUGUUUCCGGUCAUCUUCUUUUACUUCUUAUUGUACUAUCGGAAGUCGCUAAAACGCAACGCUACACCACGAGUUAGCCAGCGUGCCGUUGCGCAGCGACCUCUACGUCCUCCUUUUCAUCCUUCUCUUCGUAGCCGCAAGGCUGAAGUUUUCCUUCUUAAACCUGUAGAUAAAAGGCCUCAAAGUGUUCGGCGCCGUGGAAACGCCGUUUCACCCGUUCGAGCUGUGCAGGUUUUCCCGCGUGUACCAGCCCGGAACACUGGCCGGUAUACAAGCCACCGGAGCGGGGCAUUCCACCGGGGUGACCUGGUGGACCAUGAUGAACGGUUCCCUGUACGACGAAAGUCCUCCGCCGGUACAACCUACAGCUUCGACUCUCGUAUCGCUACAGCAGCAACAACAGCAACAACAACAACAGAGUUCAACUGCAGGCUCUCAUCAGCAGCAGCAACCACCUCAACAACAACAACAAGCGACCACACCAACCUCCCCUGGUGUCCCAGCGUCAUCAGGCACGACCGCACCAUCGGCACCUUCAGCGAGCGCCAGCUCGACCUCACCGAGCGCCUCCUCGGUCGCGAGCAACAGCGCGACGGGACCGCUUCAUAUACCUGCGAAAAGACUAACGGCUACCCCAGGCGGUGCCAGCGGAGCCGGCUCGAGCUACGGGGAAGUAUCCUGUGUCGAGGCAUCAUCGGUUGGUGCGGCUGGGGCCGCGGCAUCGGGCGUGAUACGACACUCGCACUCGUCCUCGGCAGGCUCGCAAGGCGGUUGGAGUUACAGUCCUCAUCAUCCGCAGGACUCGCAUUACUCCUCCGCGGCGAGCGAAUCCUUAAAUCACCAUCAAACAUACGGGGCUAACAACCCCCCGACGUAUUACAAUCUGGCGGCCGAUCCGACCUCGACGUCCGGUUCCUCGAGGGACAACCGGAAAACCGGAUCUACGGUGACCUUUUGGUCGCCCGCAACCGCGACCGUGGCCUCGGCGGCCACUACUCCUGAUUACAAGCCUUAUAAUUCUGCUGGAGCUGCUACCGUGAGCGGAUCAUCCAGCGGUGCGGCAGGUGGUACCUCCUCGGUCACGGCAGCGGCCACGGGACCACCCGAUCCUACUGUAUCAUCCUGUCAUCAGAGCAGUUUUGGCCAGAGCUGGUGUAAUUACGCGCCUUACACCACUGCGAGGCAUCAUCAUCCGGUUGAUACAGCUGCUCAUCAUCAUCCGCACUCGCAGCCGACUGUUCCAUAUCUAACACCCUCCGCGGCCGACGAUCGGGGCAGAGUUGCAGCCGCGAUGGUCGCCGCGGAAGGAACCUUUCCUCACGAUGGUUAUGGCGGACUAAGGAACUACGGGGCACCCGAGCCCGUCACUUCCAGUCCCUAUCCACCCCCAGUGAUGUGGGGUUCCUCCCCAUCUUCGUUUUUUCCAGCAGGUUCCCUGGCGGGAGUCGGCGUGGGCGUCGGCGUGGCCGGUGUGGCUGGCGUAGGUGUCGGCUGCGGUGGUUCGACGCAUUUGGAGUGGACGGGUCCGAUGACGGUACGAAAGAAGCGCAAACCGUAUUCGAAGUAUCAAACGUUGGAGUUAGAGAAGGAGUUCCUUUUCAACGCAUACGUCUCGAAGCAGAAACGAUGGGAACUCGCGAGGACAUUGAAUUUGACCGAGCGACAGGUCAAGAUCUGGUUUCAAAAUCGGCGUAUGAAGAACAAGAAGAAUACACAGCGUCAAUCGCAACAACAACAAAACAAUAACAACAAUAAUAAUAAUAACAACAAUAGCGCGAAUAACGCGAAUCACCAUGGUGGAGGAGGCGCGACCGGUGGUCAUCAUCAUCCGGGUGCCGGUCAUGCGGCCCCUUCGAGUCAUCACGUGGUCGCGCAAGCACACCACGCGAACGGCUCGGCGAAGCAUCAUCAUCAGUGACCCGUGGCCUUCUCUGGGGUCGUCUUCGGCCACUAUCCUCACGGCUCCUCGUCGAGCACCGGGGCAACAACGGCGGCAGCGAUUGCCACUGGAGGCAACGUCGGCGUCGUUGGUUCUGCAGUUGGUACUGCCGUUGGUUCUACCGUCGGUUCGGGUGUCGGUUCGGGUGUCGGUACGGGUCUCGGUUCCGGUGUAAUGACCGGUGUCAUGAGCGGUAGUAACGCCGGCGGAAUCGGCGUCUCGACGGGUAGCCACGGGGUCGGAGGUCAUGCGAGUUUGGUGGUAGCAGCGGCGGCAGCCGGCAUUCCGCAGAGUACGCUGACGCACGGAAAUUCCGCGACGCCUAUACGAUCGGCCAGCGGCGGGAACGCCGCUGGUACCAACGAUCGUACCGUCGCGAUUGUCCAUCCGCACGGACACGUCCACGCAACCACACCGCAUCAUCAUCACCACCACCAUCACCAUCACCAUCAUCAGCUGCCGCACGUAGCGCAACAAUAUCCCGCGCUUCUUCAUCAGACCUCGCACGGCUUGGCCGCAUGAAUUUCUCGAUCUACCAACGCCCCAGAGAAACUACUUUAUAUCUAUUAGCUCGCUUAAAAGCAGCCGGUCGCGUUCAACGAAAGACGUGUGCACGCGCGCACGCACUGGACUCUCUCACUCUCUUUCUCUCUGUUUAUCUCUCUUUUUCUCUCUUUGUCUCUCUAUCUCUUUCUCUCCUUCUCAUUCUCUCUAUAUCUAUCUCUCCGUAUUAUUUUCGACAGCUUUAGAAACUGAACGAUCAUUUUACGGAGAGAUAUGAUAUGCGAGUAGUAUAAAUAUUAUUAUUAUUAUUAUUAAUUAUUAAUUAUUAUUAAUAAUUAUUAUUAUUAAUUAUUAUUAUUAUUAGAUAUUAUUGUGUAUUAUUAUAACGGUUAUCGAUGAAAGGCAAGCGCAAGCUUAUUGUAUAAAAAGAGAUAAAGAAAAAUGAAAAAACUCAAGGAGCAGAAACGAAUGCGUAAAGUGCUCCGGAGACUCUUCGUCGAGUGUGUCGGUGUCCAGUGUCGGUCAGCUUCGAAUUGAACGGGUCGUUAAUCGUCAUCGUUGUCGGGCAAAUACGCGCGACACCAAACAAUCUGUCCAAACUGUAUUCGGUAAUAUCUUCUCCACCUAUAGAUAUACAUAUAUAUAUACAUAUAUGUAUAUAUACAUAUACAUACGAGAUAAAAGAAUAAUAAGCAUCUCUCAUUCAGUGUCCCAUUCAAAAUCCCUUCGCGAAACGCGCGUUUUUCCUUUCUUCUUUUUUUCUUUUUUUUUCUUUUUUUUUCUUUUUUUUCAUUUUUUUUCAUUCGUACAACGCGUUGAAUCUGAACGUUAGUAUAUUAGAUCGUUGCACUUACACGCUAAACCGGGUCAGAUGCUGUUGGAACGUCAACCCUAAGCAUCCCUCUUACGAUUAGAAGUGGAACGACGCAAGUGUGGUGGGGGUGGGAGGGGGAGGGGGAAGGGAGGAGGCUACGUGAAAGUCGAGGAGAUAUAAGUUUGGUAAGUCGAAAUAUUUCCUAUGAAAAAUUUCUCGCGAAUUGGAGUCGAUCAUUAUUGGUGCUCAUAAAAUUUUGUUCUUUGUUGUAACUUUAGAUAGGGGCUAAAAAAAAAAAAGAAAAGAAAAGAAAGAUAUCGGGAGAUAAAGGGAAGAAAAGAAUAUAAGAAAAUAUGUAUAUGAAAUUCGAAUGUAAUGGAAUCGUGAAGUGAAUUCGUUUGUUCGGCUCGGAAACAAACAUUUGUAGUUGUUAUCUGUGCAUUUCUUUAGAUCGAAAGUAGGCGACUAACGGUGAAAUCGAAUAGUGAAGUCCCAUCGAGCGUAUCCUUCCUAAGGCAACCUAGCUGUUCGAUCUUCGUCAGAGAAGGCGUUAUUACGGUACUGGCUGAUCGCUUGCAGACAGUUCCAAUAUUUUUGCGGGAAACUCGCGUGGGCGAGUACUCGAAUACUCCGGAAGAGAAAAUCGUUCUAGGAUGGUAUAGUGUACUUAAAAAUGAUGCACUCGAAAAAAAUUGUUGUACCAGUUCGUUCAUUUUAUCGUUAGCUCUAAGUAUAAUCGUUCGAUUUACAUCUUCGAUCUUAUGUUCUCUUUUUCUCUCUUUCUCUCUCUCUCUUUCUCUUAUUUCUCUUUGCUCUUUUGCCGAGGAAAGAAGAAGAAGAAUAAAAAAAUAAAAAAAUAAUAAUAAACGGAAAAACUUUAUUGACGUCCGGGUCUCUCGAUUAGAGUCUCGUCCGGUAUUUCAAAUAUCUUCGUCUUGCUUCGUCAGUUUCUCGUUACGAUCUCUUUCCUUUCUCGUCGAUCUUUCUUCUUCUUCUUCUUCUUUUUAUUAUUUCUUGUUUUAUUUUUUUAUUUAACUUCUCUUCUUCUUUUUCUGCUUUUUCUUUUUUUUUGUUUUGUUUUCUAUGUACGUGCGUCGUUAGAUAGUUCGAAGAUGGUUGGAGUCGUGUUCGUGGCGAAAGUAAAAAAAAGAAAAAGCGAGGAAACGAAAAUAGAAAAGAAAGAACAUACGAUUAUCGUGCACGUCAAAAGGACUGAACACAGUGGCUCGACUUUGACGAUUCUCCUUUAACGUGUCCUGCGAACGUUUCCCUUGCUCUGCUCCCCUGUACUACGAACCUUCGCGAAAAUCGAUGAACGAUCUUGACCUCGACAAAAAUUUACGAACGAACGUCACGCUUGUGACCUACCGACUGCAGUUUGCUUUUGUUCUUCUUCCUUUUUUACUUUUUACUCUUUUUUUUUUUCUUUUUUAUUUCUUUUCUCUUUCUUCCUUUUUCUUUUUUGUUUUCUUUGAAUGACAGAAGAAAUUGAAGAUAUUAAUCCCAAGUAGAUCUCUGUUUUUUCUGUUUUCUUUUUUUUUUCUAAACAGAUUAAACCGCAUAUAUAACGUGAUCGAUUUUUUUAAUUGUGUUAUAAAUUUGUUUAAACCUUGAAAAUAAAUUAUAUUUAAAGUACGCAAGUAUUAAAAAAAUUGAAUAUAUAAAUACGAGAGAAAGUAGUUUGUCAAUAAGCUCACGUUAAUACGGUUUAAUCUGUAUAAAAGGUGCAACUUUUUCGCCCAAAAAUUUCCUAAGCACAGAUAUAUAUAUAUAUAUAUAUAUAUAUAUAUAUAUAUAUAUAUAUAUGUAUAUGCGUUCUCCUCGAUCGUCUCUCCUCUUCGACAUAUGCGUUUGAAUAUGUGUGCGUGGGCAAACUUGUGCAUCCAUAAGAGUGUGAGCUUCUCGAAAAUGAUUUUUCUUCCGAGGAAAGUUGGUAAAAUAUAGAGAAUAUCUGAGGAAAUAAGAUAAAGUAAGGUAGAAACGAAAAAAAAAGGAACGAACAUACAAAUGCAGAAUAUUUUAUUAAUUUUUCUCGGAAGAAACGUGUUGCGAAAUAUUAAAGAUCUAAUGAACGAGUGAAUGAACGAGUAAGAGAGAAAAAGAGUAAGAAAAAUUAUAUGUAUAGAUAUAUAUAUAUAUAUGUGUGUGUGUGCAAUUAUAUACAUAUAUAUAUAUAAACAUAUGAUUAUAUACAUAUAUAUAUGCGGUGUACGUGUAUAAAUCGAGUGCAAAAGCGAGACUGUGAGGAUUCGUUUAAGUAUAUAUUAAAAUCUGUGAAACUGGGUUCGGGCAAAUGUAUAGUUCUCUCCACGGUACUAUGAUAGUUAUUAAUGCAACUAUAUGAUAUUAUAUGGAAAAUAAUUAAAAAAAAUGAAUAAUCGAAUAAGAAAAAAUAUUUGAGAGAGGAUUAAAGAGAAAUGAAAAUGAGUGAAAGAAAAUAUAAUAAAACUGGAUACUGGUCGCAACCCAGUCACCGUGUCAUCUAGGGCUUUAUUGAACAUGAUUGUAAGUAAUUAGUAAUUAUUAUAUCGCGGAUGAUGUUUAUUAUUCCUAUUAUUAAGCUGAUUAUUAUUAUUAUUAUUAUUAUUAUUAUUAUUAUUAUAUUAUUAUUAUUAUUAUUAUUAUUAUUAUUAUUAUUAUAUUGUGAGCGUCAUGUUAAUAUUAUGUUAUUGUUUUUAUUGUGUGUUGUUUUGUAUGUACCUAUCAGCUUAUAAUAAUAAUAUUAUUAUUAUUAUGAUGACGGACGGAUAAGAGACAAUGAUCCAGAUUCACGUAUCAGGCAUUUUAAGGGUAUAUACGAGCAAAUAUAUUUUAAUUUCUUCUUUUUUCUUUUUUAUUUUUUUUUUAUUUUUUUUUUUUUUUUAACGCAUUUAGCUUCUGCAGAUUCAGAAUUAUUACAGAGAUACGAUAUGAACAAUGGAUUUUUAUAUUUUAACUUUUGUUCUUUUUUUUUUUUUUAAUCUAGUUUCUUGAUAAAUACGGAACUAUAAUUUGUCAGAUAUAUAUCGAAACAAAAGAAAUGUUUUUAUUAUUUCGAUGCAGACAGUUUAUUGUAUUUCGUGCAUCCAUUAUCUUACAUAUAAGAUUUGUACUUACACAUUAGAUUUAAUUUCCUACGUUCGUAUCUAUAUUUUAAUUUUAUUCUUUUUAUUAUUAACUUUUUUUUUCUUAAUAUUUUAUUAUUAUUAUUAUUUUUAUUAUCAUUUUUUUUUCUUUUGGUUCGAUCGAAACGUCUUGUAAGAUUUCGCGCUAUUUUAUAUUCAUUAGCGAGUUCACUGAUGUCACGUUAUACAAUACCGGGUAAAAGUGCAAUCUUCUUGUUUAUUUGAAAAAUUAUCGCGUUCGUUUAUUCUCUCGUUCGUAAAAAAAAAAAAUUAAGAUCGAUUAAAAAGAAAGAAAGGAAGAAAGAAAGAAAAAAGAAAGAAGAAAGAACGUAUCGUUGGAUAUUUAUGGCUUAUGUAACGUGACUCUCGAUAAAAUAUCAAUAUACAUUCGAAAACGCAUGUUUUUUUUUAUUUGUAAAUACAAUCACGAUUAAUUUGUUUACCAUAAAAGGUAAGUGAAUAAAGUAUAUUAUACGUGUAUCUCAUUUAUGUAUAUUGUUUUAAAAAAGAAUGCCCAAUGAAAUAAUACAUAUUAAAAUUUGACAAAGAUUGUGCGUUACUUGAGCCAUGAUGAUCCAAGAAUCGGUAAAAUUGAAUAGAAGAAAAUUUUCAUAGAUACCAACAUAUAUGCAUAUAUGUAUAUAUAUUAUUAUAGCUAUAUAACAUAUAUAUACAUAUAUAUAUAUUUAUAUAAGUAUAUAUAUAUACACAUAUAUACUUAUAUAAAUAUACAAACACACACAACAAACACACAAAUGAACGAAUACAUGCGUACGCUUCUUUAUUACGAUCCUUCCGUUCGAUUGAUUUAUUUUGAAUCUUAGAUUUUUGAUCUUUACUUUUCCGUUGUUCCGUUGUUCAGCCUCUCUCAAUCGCUAAUUCUAUUAUACUUGUACGAUAUCGAUUUACAACUUUAAGACGCUAGAAAUUAUACUUUUACUUGUAAAUAAUUCAAGAUAUUAUUCCUGUAUCGAAGUGCAAUAAUAAAAUAUGUUUAAUUAGUGCCAAAGUAAUUGCGACGAAAAGAAAAAGAAAAA